AUGGAAAGCCAAGUGAGGUUCUCGAGCUGUAGAGGCGUGGCAUUUGAGAUCAAGCCUCGCCCAGAUCCAUUCGCCAUUACCACACCUCAGAGAGAUCCCGAGAUGACCAGCUAUGGGAGUAAGAGAUUUUGGCUUCCGUGGUCUGGCGGAAGCUCAUCUAGGGUUGCUCCAUUGUCGCUGAUUCAGCGAUCGAUGAGCAAAGCGAGUAGCCACUUUUGUGACCUUGAUCUCGACCUCGACGGCGAUGACGAUGAAGGAAAUGAUGUGGUUUUCGAAACGCUCGAGGAAGGUGCUUUCCUCGAGCCCGAAAAGCACGCGGAGAGAGAGCAAGCCAAAGUGGCCUCAAAGAUCGACCCGCGUCUCUCGAAGCCCUCUCGAGGACAUGAGUCAUCGAGGCUGUCGGUCAUACUCUUUGACCAAGGGCUGUUCACGGUGUACAAGCGGCUGUUCGUCGUUUGCUUGACCCUAAAUGUUGUGGCCCUCGUCCUUGCGGCGACUGGACACUUCCCUUAUGCGAGGAACCGCGCCGCCCUCUUCUCCAUAACCAACAUCUUUGCGCUCACCCUGUGCCGGAGCGAGGCCUUCUUGCGCGUCGCCUUCUGGCUGGCUGUGAAGCUGCUCGGCCACUCGUGGGUCCCGCUCCUCGCCAAGACGGCCACAACCUCCCUCCUGCAGAGCCUUGGAGGGAUCCAUAGCGGGUGCGGCGUCUCGUCCCUGGCGUGGCUGUUCUACGCCCUGGUCCUAACCCUAAAGAACCGGGACAACACGUCACCCGAGAUCAUCGGGGUCGCAUCAGUGAUCCUCGCGCUCAUCGCCCUCUCAUGUCUCCUCUGGGGUUUCGUCAUCCUCACCACCGCGUACGACUGGAGGACGAAGAGUUACAAGAGUGACGAGUUGGCGUCGAGGCUGGUGAGGCAACAAGAGUUUUGGUUCACGGUGGGGAUUACGGUUUGCAUAAUAGUGCCGUGGGUGACGGUGAGGAGGGUGCCGGUCAAGGUGUCUUCUCCUUCGGGGCAUGCCUCCAUAAUCAAGUUCCACGGGGGAGUCAAAGCAGGCAUCUUGGGUCGGAUCAGCCCAUCCCCGCUAUCCGAGUGGCAUGCCUUCGGCAUCAUCUCUGACGGCAAGGAUGAGCACAUGAUGCUCGCCGGAGCUGUCGGCGACUUCACGAAGUCACUCGUCGCCAACCCUCCAACCCACCUCUGGGUCCGCCAGGUCCACUUCGCGGGUUUACCCUACCUUGUCAACAUGUACGACCGGGUCCUGCUGGUUGCCACCGGCUCCGGCAUUUGCGUCUUCCUAUCGUUCCUCCUCCAACCGUGCAAAGCGAGCAUCAAGGAGAUGGUCAGCCGUCACCCGAGAGACAAGGUGAUCGUGCACGACACCGCGGUGCAUGGGCGGCCAAACGUGGCGGAGAUGAGCGUGGACACGGCAAAGAAGUGGGGCGCUGAGGUAGUGAUCGUCACGAGCAACCCCGAGGGAAGUAGGGACGUGGUGAACGCAUGCAAGACCAAAGGGAUUGCCGCUUUUGGUCCCAUUUGGGAUUCUUGA